AUGAAUAAGACUAAUGAAAAGGCAUAUCAAGUAUCUACUGUAAAAACAAGUAUUCCCACACAUGGAAAUGAUCUACUGACCCCUAUUCAACUAAAGGACUUCGAGUAUGAUUAUGAUGAUAUGGAUUAUCCGGUACCUUUCAACAAGCUGGUUUCGGAUAUCUCCAAUCGAUAUGUUAAUUAUGGAGUAAAGAUAGAAUCAGUUCCUUUCGUUCUAACAGGUGAUAUACCCAAGUUUGAGAAGCAAACAUCAGAAGUGUUAAUGAUGACUGGAGCAUCUGACAACCAUGCUUUGGGAUCGAUCAAUUGUCUCUUCUCUAUGGUAGUAGCAGAUCCGUAUGCUUCUUAUAUGUAUAUCGAUUUGGGAUUAUCUACAAGAUUCAAAAACAUUUUGUUUACUCAUUUCAAUACAAUUCAUCAAAUCCAAAAGAAAAUGAACUCGACUGGAUUCAUUGCAUAUCGUAAAUUCAAGUUCAACUCAUUUCCAGCAUGGAUAAAGCUUGCAGGAAACAAACAACAACGAAGCGGAUAUGCAUGGAAGGUAAUUCCAUUAGGAGAUGCCUAUUUUGCUUGGAAAGGCAUUGUUCUUUGGCUAGAUGGAGGAAGCUUGAUUCGCGAGGGAAUAAGUCGUGAAUUGACAAAUGUUCGGAUGGAUGGAAUUUACAGUCCAUUAUCUUCAGGUAAUCAACAGAAAUGGACUUAUAAUGCUACAUCAGAUUUCUUAGUACGAAAUCAUUUGAUCGAUCGAUUUAACCCCAGGGAUCCAAAUGCAUCUGGAGGUCAUCUGAUCAUCUAUUGGUCUAACAAAACUGUAUUGAAUAAGGUAAUGAUUCCCUAUUAUCAGUGUGCUUUUACCCAAAAAUGUAUGUCACCUCGCGGAUCCAGUAUGAAGAAUCACAGACAAGAUCAAGCAGUGUUGUCUGCCUUUUUGAACAAUUUGAAAACAGAACGGUCUAUGAAGGCAGAAUUUUGGGCAAUACCAGGAUUGCGAUUAGAGAGUGGAAACGAUUUUGAAAAGUGUAAUUUACUGUUGGGUAAUGAACUAAAAACCUUACAGAAUAUUUUCCAGAUAAAUGUGAAAAGCGAUUUUAUUUCCAAAGAGAAAGUGAGAUAUUUUAGAGUGAUAGCAAAAUACUCAUCAAGGCAUUCUGAUGAUGAAUGGAAUCCUGAAGAGUAG